ACUUGUGCAGUGGGCUUUAAACAUAGUGAAGCUCAUUUGUUGCCUUUAAUAAAUUAUUAUUUAAAAAAAGAUAUAUUAUAUUAGUCUGUUCGUAAAACGGACACAAAGAUGCCACCUAAAAAACGCAACACGGGGACGACACAGAGCAAGGAGCUGAAGAGUGCUGAAAGUGUCUCUCCUGACAAGAAGGACAGCCCAGAGUUAUCUGUUAAAAAACACAGAGACAAGGACGCUGAAUUUGUUACUCUUUGUAAGAGCCUUCAUGUCACAGACCUGCUAUGUGACCGUGCCUGGAAGCUGUGGAAAUCUGUUGAAGACUCCAUGGCGGAAAUCGCUGACACUCAGAAAAGGGUGUGGGGAGCUUGUCUGUUUGUGUCGGGGAUCGACGUGGAUGUCUCCUGUUUCACCUUAACUCAGGUUCUGAAAGCAGUCAGUCUGAAUGUAAAGCAGUUUGUGGAUCUGGUGAGGAAGUUGGAUGUGAACAUGGAUACUAUAAGCACCAAAGUGAACUCAGCACUAACGCGAGUGGAGAAAAAGUACGAUGUGACGCUGGCUCUCUACCAGCGGUUCGAGAAAACAUGCAAGAACAUCUUUGCUUUGGUUUCUGAUGACCAGGAGAGGGAGACCACGCGGAGUUGCUGGACCAUGUUUCUUUUGGCCAAAGGAAGAGCUUUGCAGAUGGAGGAUGACCUGGUCAUAUCGUUCCAGCUGCUGCUUUGUACACUGGAGUUAUUCAUCAAGCGCUGCCCUUCAGACCUUCUGCAGCCUCUUUACAAAUCAGCUCUCAGUAAAGUUCAGAGCCCUCCGACACGAACAUCUCGCCGUAACCAGAGCAAAGUCAAAACCCGACCUCCGGAGCCAGAGGUGGAUUUGCAGCUCCUCAAAACCUUGUGCGAAGAGAAUGAAUGCAACGCAGAAGAGGUGAAGAAUGUAUACCAGACCAGUUUCUCAGCUUUCCUGGACUCUCUGGAUCUUUCCAGAUCUUCAGAUUUUCCUCAGGCAAAUGACAUCAACCAACAAUAUGAAGAGCACUACCUCAAGAGCAGAGACAUUGAUGGGCGGCUGUUUUUUGACAGAGAUGAGACUGUUGUGCCACCUAAAGUCGAGAUAUCACAGGUGGAAAGAACGCCAAAGAAGAACCUCCCAGAUGAAGAUGGCCUACUCAUCCCUCCCCAAACUCCAAUCAGAGCUGCGAUGACCUCCAUCCAGCAGUUGAGAGGGGACCUCACCUCCAGUGGAGAUCAGCCAUCCACUAACCUGGCUACAUAUUUCAAAAAUUGCACCGUGGACCCGACGCAGGGAGUGCUGAAGCGUUUGGAGACCCUCGGGCAGGUGUUCAGCCAGAGGUUUGGCCAGGCUGUCGGCCUGCGCUGUGUCGCUCUCGGUUUGCAGAGAUUUAAACUCGGCGUCAGACUGUAUUACAAAGUCAUGGAAGCUAUGCUGAAAUCGGAAGAGAAGCGACUUUCCGUGCAGAAUUUCAGUAAACUCCUCAAUGACUCCACGUUCCACACAUCACUGCUCGCCUGCGCUUUGGAGGUAGUGAUGGCGACAUAUGGAGAGAGCAGUUUUAAGACUGGAGGAUACAACCACGGGGGCUCUGGUGAUCCCGUUGAAACAAACGUGUGUUUCCCCUGGAUCCUAGAUGUGGUCAACCUCUCUGCGUUCGACUUCUACAAAGUCAUCGAGAGUUUCAUCAAGGCGGAGCCCACUCUGAGUAAAGAUAUCGUCAAACAUCUGGAGACCAGCGAGAACCUCAUCAUGGAGAGGAUUGCAUGGAGGCCGGGCUCACCACUGUUUGAGCUGCUAACACAGGAGCAUGAGAGCGGCGCCGCAGAGCAGGUGGAAACCCCGGCCAGUUUCAGCCAACCGCUCCAGCACAACCACACUGCAGCCGACCUAUACCUCUCCCCCAUGCGUCCCGGCUCCCGUGUUUUGCCUCCUGACUCCCCCGCCCCGCCCAGCUCUCAGGUUUCCUCUCAGCCUUCGACCCAGAACGCACGACUCCCAAAGUCCAACUCUCUCAGCCUCUUCUAUAAAAAAUUGUACCGCCUGGCCUACAGCAGGCUGAAGAUCCUGUGCUCCUACCUGCUGUCCUCGCACCCCGAGCUGGAGCCCAUCAUAUGGACUCUGUUCCAGCACACGCUGCAGCACGAGCACGAGCUGAUGAGAGACCGCCACCUGGACCAGUUGAUGAUGUCAGCCAUGUAUGCCAUAUGUAAAGUGAAGAGCGUUGAUCUGCGCUUCAAGACCAUCGUCACAGCGUACAAGAACAUGGCCAACACCAACCAGGAGACCUUUAAGCACGUGUUAAUCUCCGAAGGCCACUACGACUCCAUCAUUGUCUUCUACAACCAAGUGUUCAUGCAGAGGCUGAAAACCAACAUCCUGCAGUACGCCUCCACCAGGCCACCCACCCUCUCUCCGAUCCCACAAAUACCGUGCAGCCCCUACAAGUUCCCCAACUCCCCCCUCCGGGUGCCUGGGAGCAACAACGUGUACAUCUCCCCUCUGAAAAACCCCCGCAUGUCCCCGGGGAUCAUGACUCCUCGCUCCAGAAUGCUGGUUUCAAUCGGGGAAUCUUUCGGGCUGUCCAACCGCUUCCAGAAGAUCAACCAGAUGGUGAACAGCAGCGACCGCUCCUUUAAGAGGGCUCUGGACAUGGGCUCCGGUCCGAAGCCCCUGAAGAGGCUACGCUUCGACGUGGACGGGCAAGAUGAAGCCGAUGGCAGCAAACCUGGAGGAGAGUCUACUCUCAUACAGAGGCUUACAGAUUUGAGCUCCACUCGGAGUCGCGUGCAGGAGCAGAAGAUGAAGGAGGACGCAGAACUGAGGAAGGAAUAACUCUAUGCUACUGAACCGACCUGCACUGUUUGUCACAACGUGAACACUAUUUCUACUGUUCACACACAAAGUGAAAAACACCUUCCUCUGUACAUUUAGUAUUUGAUUUUAGUUUGUAUUUAACUUCGUCUUUGAGGAGUAAUAUGUGAAUAUAGAGGACUUUCUCCUCUUUGUGUGUGUUUUUUAACUGAAUAAUGGAUGAGGUCAUUGAAUUUCAUUUGAAUUUUUACUUUAAAAAUGUAAGUGUGUUUUAAGAGUGGUAUUAAUUUGUGGGUGUUAUUAGGAAUCAUAGUUUUCACUCUCAAGGAGGUUCGCAAUUGUCAAAGCGCUGUCGAGGUGUAUCGUUGGUUUUCCCGUUAAAUAAUUCAGUUGAACCAACAUUAGGAGCUUCGUAUGUUGACCGUUCUUCUUUUCAAAUGUUUCUAUCACGAUGCAACAUUUCAGGUGUUAAAUCAUGAUCCUUCUCUUCAGAAAGGAUUAAAUGUCGCUUCAGAUGGAAGUCCAAAUGUCUUUCCGUGCAGCGUCUUUACUUUCAAACUCAUGUCUUGAAUGGGAAAAUUCUUAGAACACCUAGAAAAAGUUUAGUUUGUGUCAUAAAGUGGAACGAUUAGAUGAGACAAGGACAAUGAUAUAGUUUAUCAUUUGCACUCAACCAAAAUGUGUAGUAUCAUAGGAUCUGAUGUACUGCUCAUUUAUCUUUCUGUAUACAAUAAUAGUAACUUUUGUAUUACUUUUGAGUGGCUACACAUCAAACGCCUCCUGAUGUGUUUUAUCUUAACGACUAUUUUCCAUGUUCUCAGUUAACAAAGAGUUGGUAAAGGGGGGUGGGGGG